AUGGCGAACUAUCUACUAUCCUUGCCAUACAGCGUCACGGGAAGUCUUGUAGUUUUUUCUACCUAUUGCAUAUGGCGCUCCUAUUUUUCUCGCCGAUACAAGCUUCCUCCAGGCCCACGACCAGACCCCAUCAUUGGCAACCUCCGUCAAUUUCCCAAAGGUAACCAGCCAGAGGUUUUCCGUGAGUGGGGAAAGGAGUUCGGCGAUAUCAUCUACGCACAGAUAUUUGGGCGAGGUGUAUUGGUGCUGAACUCUAUACGAGCAGCCAAUGACCUACUGGAGAAGAGGGGUUCGAUUUAUUCUGAUAGGCCACGACAGGUCGCAUUUGGCGAACUGUUGGGAAUGGAGACAGUCUUAUCUCUAAUGCCCUAUGGUGAACCUUUUAGGAGGCAUCGACGUCUCAUACAAGAUCACUUCAAUCGCUCCAUGGUAGAAUCAUUCCGUCCACUUGUAACGCAAGAAAUACAUCACCUCCUCAAUGGGUUUUUGACAAGGCCCGAGUUAUUUGCGACACAUAUCAGAAGAUUUGCGGCGGGCACGAUAAUGCAAAUCACAUAUGGUCACACCGUUGAAUCUAUAGACGAUCAAUAUGUCAAGCUAGCAGACGACGCAUUAAAUGCAUCUAUCGAUUAUGGUUCCGCAGGAUCAGAGAUUGUGGACCUCAUUCCUGUUUUGAAGUAUCUACCAAAAUGGAUGCCUGGCGCUGGUUUUAAACGGCGAGCUGCUGUAGUCCGCAAACUCGUUCGUGCAAUGAUGGAAACACCCUUCGAGAUGGUCAAAAAGAAGAAGAGCCUUGGAACUUGCCAACCAUGUUUCACCUUAUCGUUACUAGAGAACCAAAAGAAGACGCACGGUCGCAUGGAUCCUGCUGAAGCUGAAGAGGACAUGAUAGCGAUCGCUGCGACGUUGCACACCUUCAUACUGGCCAUGACGAUGUACCCGGAUAUUUACAAAAAGGCUCAGGAAGAAAUCGAUCAAGUGACUGGUGCCUCUCGACUCCCGAACAUUGAGGAUAGGCCAGAACUUCCUUACCUAAACUGUAUCAUGAAGGAAGUACACCGGUGGAACCCUCCUGCCCAGCUUGCUUUGCCACACAAACUCAUGACCAAGGAUGAUGAGUAUCGCGGGUAUUUCAUCCCUCAAGGUACUACAGUGAUCGCAAACGUCCGGGGAAUGCUGCAAGACCCCGAAAUAUAUCCCGAGCCAGAAAAGUUCCGUCCAGAACGGUUCAUGGAGAUGACUGCAGAAGACGCUGAGCGAUAUGAUCCUCGGGGGCCUGUGUUCGGAUUUGGACGACGCGCAUGUCCAGGAAAAUUAUUUGCAGACAUGCAAUUCUUUCUAACAGCCUCGCGUAUCACCGCCACCUUUGAUAUAUUAGCCUUGCCCGACGAAAACGGGAAAGGACCCUCUGCAGCCUUCGUUGGUAUUUCUGUCAGUCAUCCACGGCCGUUCAAAUGCGACAUCAAGCCUCGUUCUGAGAGCUGUCGUCAACUGAUCCUGGAAGAAGAUGAAGCAGGUGGUGUAUGA